AUGGAAUGGAAUGGAAUGGAAUGGAAUGGAAUGGAAUGGAAUGGAAUGGAAUGGAAUGGAAUGGAAUGGAAUGGAAUGGAAUGGAAUGGAAUGGAAUGGAAUGGAAUGGAAUGGAAUGGAAUGGAAUGGAAUGGAAUGGAAUGGAAUGGAAUGGAAUGGAAUGGAAUGGAAUGGAAUGGAAUGGAAUGGAAUGGAAUGGAAUGGAAUGGAAUGGAAUGGAAUGGAAUGGAAUGGAAUGGAAUGGAAUGGAAUGGAAUGGAAUGGAAUGGAAUGGAAUGGAAUGGAAUGGAAUGGAAUGGAAUGGAAUGGAAUGGAAUGGAAUGGAAUGGAAUGGAAUGGAAUGGAAACCUCCAGAGCUCCUAA